AUGCCAGUGACUGUUAUGAACACGUUAGCAAAUUCAAAAAAUGUUGUAUCAAAAUCGACAGAAAGGCCUCUGAAAUGUGAUGGAUGUUUUUCCAAAAUAUUCAAAUUUUUAAUCAACAAUGGCGAUAUUUGUAAAACAGAAAAUGAAAAUGUCCAAAUAUUAAUCCUAAUAACGUCUUCACCACAAAAUAGUUUGGCACGAACGGCGAUUAGGGAGACUUGGUUAAAAUAUGCCAAAAUUAGCAAAGAAAAGAUCAGAUACAUAUUUUUACUCGGCGAAUCACCUGAGACUGAAGAAAUUAAGAAAGAAAAUUCCAUAACAAAGGAUAUUGUGCUUGGAAAUUUUAAAGAUUCCUAUUCUAAUUUAACUUUGAAAACAAUAAUGGGUUUUCAAUGGACAGUACGGCACUGCAAAAAUGCAAAGUUUGUCAUGAAGACGGAUGAUGAUAUGUAUGUAAAUAUUCCUGGUCUAAUCCUUGUUAUCAAGAAAAACGACCACGUUUUACAAACUGCCGUUGGAGGAUAUUGUUACAUGAUUGGUCAGCCUCAUAGAGAUAGAAAAUCUAAAUGGUAUGCCUCCUUUAGAAGUUAUCCUCAAAAAACAUAUCCAGGAUUUUGUUCAGGUACUGGCUACGUUACCAGCUUCAACGUUGUCACAAAAAUUGUUAAUAUAUCAAGGCAUGUUCCAUUUUUUCAUUUGGAAGAUGUGUAUGUUUCUCUGUGUAUCCAACAACUUGGUUUUAGGCUGUAUUCGCUGGAAGGAUUCAUGGAAAUACAUGCUUUUGAUCCUUGUUUUUAUAAGAAUGAGAAGUUAGUCACAGCUCAUCAAGUACCCCUAAAAUGGAUGCGAUAUAUUUGGGAAACGCCUUGUCUUAAAAUGGAUGAACAUUUAAAAGUUAAGGCCACUCUAAAUUAAUUUAUAGUUCUUCGGAUUCGCUCGCUCCAAGAUUUUUGAAACUUAAGAAUUUCUGAAUUAUCGCCCUAAGAG